AUGAUUCGCUCAGUUCCAUUUGGAGGUAGAGUUCUCCAACAGCCGAGUACUCUACUACGCUUCUCACGGUCGGUAAAGACCUCCACCAUUGACUGGAAGCCGGUCAAGUCUGUCCCUGGAAACUUGCGGACAAUCACUCAUCAAAAAAAGACUCCGAUCAUCAGAAGUGUUCUAUUUGGUCUUAUGGUUGCCAUGCCUAUAGUCUCAUUUGGAUUAGGGUGUUGGCAGGUUCACAGACUCAAUUGGAAAAAUGACUUGAUUGCAAAGUGUGAAAAUAAUUUGGCUGCUCCCGUUCUAGAAGAACUACCGCCCACCCUUGAUCCCAAUGUUAUUCCUGAGUUUGAGUAUAGACGUUUUAGGUGCAAGGGUAAGUUUGACUAUGACCAGGAAAUGUUUUUAGGACCAAGGAUUAAAGAUGGCGUUUUGGGUUAUCUUGUUGUGACACCGUUCAUCAGAUCCAGUGGGGGUAAACCGAUAUUGAUAGAGCGUGGUUGGAUCCAUAAGGAUAAAGUUAUCCCUUCUACUAGAUCAACUGGGUAUUUGUCGCAUUUGGCAAUGCCUCAGGGAGAGAUUGAAAUCGAAGCUUUGUUCAGAUGCAUGCCUCAGAAAUCAAGCUUACAGUUUGAUCAUGAGCCGGGAACAAAGUUGUUCAACGUUAUCGAUGUUCCAGCAAUGGCCGAACAAAGUGGAUCUUUGCCAAUCUAUUGUCAAAUGAUUUACGAUUUGAGUGACCACUUGGACUACAAAGCUAAGGAGACACUAGAAGCGCAAGGUGCCGACCCUUCUAUCUUUGGUAGACUCUUCUUCACCCAGACCAAAAAAGAUACAAAGGAGAAAUCUGUGUACAUACAAGAUGAAUCCGACGACUCGAUGUUUUACCAAGAAUUCGAAUUUAUUAAACAAGGGGUGCCUAUUGCUGCCAAGCCGACAAUCAAAUUUUCUAAUAACCACUUGCAGUAUUUGAUUACCUGGUUUGGAGUCUCUAUAGCCAGCGCUGGUUUGUUGUUUUAUUCUAUGUGGAAAAGAAGACAGUUCCUGAGUGCAGAGAGAGUGAUUGACGCCAAAAGGAAGGAGAUGAAGAAAUUGAUGGAGUAG